AUGCCACCUCAUUGUCUGGUUUUCAUGCUUUCAACUGUCGUAUUCACCGCUUUCUUGUUGGAAUGUUUUGCCGAUGCUCCAAUAACAUGGCCAGAUUCAAGGCUCAUGAGAGCCACUCUAGAUCCCUAUGAUAGAAGGGAAGUUAGUUUUAAAUGGCCAAUUUCGGAAUAUUUUCCAUUUGAUUCGCUGAAGUGGUUCGGAGUGACUGUAACGAGAGCGGGAAGUAAGGAAGAAUCGAACCCACGUAUCACAAGAGAAAUGUUUUAUAUCGAACUUGAUGAAUGGAACACAGAGUAUAACAUUGCUUACAACGCAGAGACGGAAUUUUUUACCUGGAAUAAACGUGCUAACAUCAAGAUUACGACUGGUGGUGACAAGCAAAUUGGAGAGGAGCAUUCUAGAAGCAUUCCUAAACUCACCCACAUCCUGGUCAAAGAUAAGCAAACACGGAUCAUUGUUUUGAAGGAAAACUCAACUGGCAAGUGCCUUCUUGUCAUCUAUGAUCAAAAUGUGGUGAAUGAAAACUAUACUAUUGAAGCAACGAACGAAUGUAAUAAUCAAAAUGAGUCUGUUAUAGCGCUGACCAUACCAAUGGAGAGAAGUGAACUUGGCAUUCUUCCUGAACUUCAAUUAAUCCACUUGGAUAUACCACAAGAGCUCCAGCGGAAAUUUAUCGCUUUCCGCGUGGUGAAUUACACUAAUUUUAAUGAAAAUAGUUUUGAAGGUAAGUGCUAA